AUGAUCUUUUGUCGGCAGUUUCCUGUUUGCGCCGACUCCGAGACCUGUGUUUGCUGUGGUGAGAGCGAUGUGGGAGCCAAAAUAUCUCCGAAAGUGCUCGCCUCAGCCAGCUGUGCCGCAACAAACUUUACGACUGUAGAGUCUUCGACGGACCUGUACCCCGAGUUUCUUGAGGUUAUAUAUGAACAAACCUCUCGAGAAGAAGGCAUGGAUGGCGAGCCUUUAGAGCGGGUUCGACAGUACUUGCAGUGGCGCUGCCGCAUGAAGCACUUCGCCGGAAUUGCCUGCGGCAUCGUCAAAAACGGCAGCCUCGUCUUCUAUCAAGAUGCGGGCUACCAGGAUGCCGAGCAGAAGGUGAAGAUGUCCGGCGACACUAUCGUCCGUCUCUUCUCGAUGACAAAGUGCCUGGUGGCCGCGGCUUUCUGCACAUACCUGGAAGAACCCAGCAG